AUGCGAUACAAAGAAACGCGAACACGUCCGGCAAAAAACAUGCAAACUGUCAAAACUUUUCGGGAAAUGGCUGAAUAUUGGGGAUAUACUAUAGAAGAGCACAUUGUUAGAACACAAGACCAUUAUAUCCUCGGAAUUCACCGCCUCCCCGAAGGAAAAUAUUCAAAUAAUGAUGCUGAUUCAAGGUCCUACAUAGAGUCUAUGUUUGAUAAAUGUGGUAUCUCUCAUACUGCCAUUCGAAUUGAACAAGCGCGCUCUUCAAAAGAAACAAAGCCAGUAGUUUUAUUAUACCAUGGACUUAUGAUGUGUAGCGAAAUUUGGAUGUGUAAUUUAGACGAAGAGAGAAGAUUGGCUUGCUUGUUGACAGACGCUGGAUACGACGUCUGGUUAGGUAAUGCUCGAGGAAAUAAAUAUUCUAUGAAACAUUCAAAGUAUAAGCCGAGCUCAAGAAAAUUCUGGGACUAUUCUAUGGAUGAAUUUGCCCUAUACGAUUUACCAGAUACCAUUGACUAUAUUCUUGAGACAACUGGUGCGCCCUCUCUUACAUAUAUUGGAUUUUCACAAGGAGCAGCACAAGCUUUUGCAGCUCUCUCAAUCAAUCCAAAACUAAACUAUAAGGUUAAUCUUUUUGUUGCCUUGGCUCCAGCUACUAGUCCUAAAGGUUUACAAAAUCCAAUUGUUGACGCUUUUAUUAAGGCUUCACCUAAUAUUGUAUAUCUCUUUUUUGGACGCAAGGCAUUUCUUACUAUGACAAUGUUUUGGCAGAAAGUUCUUUCACCUCCAAUUUACACAAAACUACUUGAUACAUGUAUGAAAUUCCUCUUUGGUUGGUCUGGAAAGAAUAUAACAGAAGAACAGAAAGCUGCAUCAUACUAUCACUUAUAUAAUCUUACAAGUGUUAAAAGCUUAGUGCAUUGGUUUCAAAUAAUUCGUGCAAAUAGUUUUCAAAUGUAUGAUGAAUUACCACCAUAUUCAUUACCUACCACUAUUGGUCAUUAUUGUCACAAAUUCCCUACCGAGCAGAUCCAAACACCUAUUAGUGUGUUUUAUGGAGGAAGUGAUAGUUUGGUGAAUAUUGAAGUUCUUCUUAAACAAUUACCUAAGCCGGUGUUUGCUAAGGAGGUGCCACCUUAUGAACAUUUGGGUGAUAAUAGGCGAUCUUCAUGUUCCGUAUCGCGUGCACGAUCUUCCCCUCAAGUUCAAAAAACUUUUGGGAAUGUAUGUGACAAAGAAACUUUCGAUUAUUUACGUACCAUAGCAGCAGACGUUCAUGUCGUGCGGGGUGAUUAUGACGAGUUUCCAAACUGGCCUCUCUCCAAAAUUAUAACUCACGGUCCACUUCGUAUCGGGAUUCUUCAUGGUCACCAAAUAAUUCCUGUGGGCGACGCUGAAGCUUUGUCAAUCAUAGCACGACAAAUGGAUGCGGAUAUUUUAUUAACUGGCCACACUCAUCGCUUUGAAGCGAUUGAAUAUGAAGGCAAAUUUUUUGUUAAUCCUGGGAGUGCAACUGGUGCUUAUUCUGGAUUUAGUACUGAAGAUAUAAAGCCAUCUUUUGUUUUGAUGGAUAUUCAAGGUUCUGUUGUUGUAACAUACGUUUAUCGAUUAGUUGAUGGUGAUGUUAAGGUCGAUAAAAUUGAAUAUAGAAAAGGUUAUGAUUCAAGCAAGUAUAAUCUUGCCCUUGGAAUAACUUCCAUGUAA